AUGAAAACACACAAUAAGCCUUUCCGAUCAUCAUCGUCCUUGAUGAUUGCUGCAGCAGCCACGCUUUCGGUACUCUUGCUGAUGGUUUCAUCAUCAAUUUUUGCUUUUCAAUUUGAUUUAAAAGCAAGAGAUUAUGUUUGUUUUCGUGAAGAAAUUGUUACCAAUUUUGAUGUGUAUGGUGAAUAUCAAGUCGGAGCAGGAUAUUCUCAAAAGGUUGAUUUUAGAGUCACCGAUUCGAGAGGAAAUGUUGUUUUGGAGAGAAAGAAUAUUAAAAAAGGCGAUUUCAGUCUUGUUGCAAAGGAAGGAGGAGAGUAUUCAUUCUGUUUCUACAAUAGAUUGAGUUCUAAAGCUACUUAUCAUGAAGGAUUGCGUCGUCGUAUUACUUUUGAUGUUCUCACUGGAACGGAUACGUACGAUUAUGAACAAUUGGCAAGAAAGGAACAUUUGAAGCCAAUUGAAGUCAAUCUCAGAAUGAUGGAGGACAUUGUUCAUUCGAUCUAUGCUGAAUACGUUUAUUUCAGAGAAAGAGAAGGUGCCAUGAGACGUACAACUGAGACCAUCAAUCAACGUAUCACUUAUUUGGGAGUAUUUUUCUUUGUAUUUAUGGCUGCCUUUGCUUUUGGACAACUCUACUAUCUCAGAUCAUACUUUAUCAAAAAGAAGUUGAUUUAA